CUGGCCUGAGGUGUUUGUCCACAGAACGGUGGGUGUGCGGGAGGAUGGAGAGAUUCCUCUUCUGUCUGCUGUUGCUCAGCCUGGCGGUCAGGACUCAACUCUGCCCCAAACGCUGCAUCUGCCAGAACCUCUCACCGUCCCUGGCCAUCCUCUGCUCCAAAACCGGGCUGCUCUUCGUGCCCCCGUUCAUCGACCGGAGAACAGUGGAGCUGCGGCUGACCGACAACUUCAUCACCACCGUCAGGAGGAAGGACUUUGCCAACAUGACCAGCCUGGUGCACCUCACCCUGUCCAGGAACACCAUCAGCCAGAUCAUGCCGCUGACCUUUGGUGAUCUGCGUGGCCUCCGGGCCUUGCAUCUGGACAGCAACCGGUUGACCACGGUCUUGCCCGAACACUUCAACGGCUUGGUCAACCUCCGGCAUCUCAUCCUCAACAACAACCAGCUCCGCCACAUCUCGACCAACUCCUUCUAUGACUUUGAAACCUCCCUUGAAGACCUGGACCUUUCUUACAAUAACUUGGAGGAUUUGCCUUGGGAUACCAUUAGUAAAAUGACCAACAUCAACUCUCUGAGCUUAGACCACAACCUGAUUUUAUUUGUUCCUGAAGGGACAUUUUCCAAUCUCCACAAGUUGGCUCGGUUGGACAUGACCUCCAACAAGCUUCACAAGUUGCCCCCCGAUCCACUCUUCCUCAGAGUCCGAAUUUACUCGAAGACAAAGGGGUCUCCGCUGUCAUCUCUGGUGCUCAACUUUGGUGGGAAUCCCCUGCACUGUAACUGCGAGCUGCUCUGGUUGAGACGUCUCACCAGGGAAGAUGAUCUAGAGACCUGUGCUUCUCCGCCUCAACUCAUGGGCAAAUACUUCUGGUUCAUCCCCGAGGAGGAGUUCACCUGCGAUCCUCCGCUGAUCACUCGACACAGCUCCAAGAUCUUCGUCAUGGAAGGUCAACGAGCCAUCCUCAAAUGUAAAGGGGUGGGAGACCCAAACCCAACCAUUCACUGGACCUCACCAGAGGGAAGGCUGAUUUCCAACUCCACCCGGGCCACUACCUACGAGAACGGGACUCUGGAGAUGCUGAUUGCCGCGCCUAAAGACACCGGCACUUUCACCUGCUUUGCCUCCAACGCUGCAGGUGAUGCCGUGGUCACGGUGGACUUGGUGGUCAACCCUCUCCCACAUUUUGCCAACGCCACCAACAACAUCAAAGAGCCAGACCCCGGCUCGUCCGACAUCACCACCUCCUCCAAGUCUGCGUCGCCCUCUGUGGCCAACGACACAAAGACUCAGCAGGACAGGAGGGUCACUGCCACUGACCUCACCUCCACCUCGGUACAAAUACGCUGGCCCUCCCAGCGUCAUGUGCCUGGCAUCCGCAUGUACCAGGUGCAGUACAACAGCUCCAGCGACGACGUCCUUGUGUACAGAAUGAUCCCGUCUUCCAGCAAGACGUUUGUGGUGAAGGACCUGGUGGCGGGGCGAGACUAUGACCUGUGUGUCCUGGCCGUGUACGAUGACAGGACAACGUCCCUGACAGCGACCAGAGCUGUGGGCUGCGUGCAGUUCACCACAGAGAGAGAGUACGCCCAAUGCCGCUCCACACACACCCAGUUCCUUGGCGGGACUAUGAUCAUCAUCAUCGGGGGCAUCAUCGUGGCCUCUGUCCUGGUUUUCAUCAUCAUCCUGAUGAUCAGGUACAAGGUGUACAACAGCGCAGCUGAACACAAAGCCAAGGUCAGUAACGUCUACUCCCAGACCAAUGGAAGCCACCAGGGCUCCAUGCCACCGUCCACCUCCAAGCUGACCGAGGAGCAGGUCCAGGAAGUGAUGAUGGACCCCACCAAAGAAACCUUGGCUGCAGCUUUAACUUCGGGCUGCGACAGUGUCUCGGUCACCCCCAGCCCGUCUUUCCCAGCCGAGGGUGUCAGCUCUCACAAAGGGCGGAGAACUCGUUCUGCCACAGAGCAGCUGAGGGAAGGUCCAUGCUCCCUGAAGGAGGCUCAAGGAGAGGAACAAGGUAGCAGCACCACAAAGCAGCAACAAUGCAAAGAGCACAAGUGAAGGAGGGAUUCUGCUGGGCCCCCUCCCCACCGCUGGAACUGUUGGAUAUUCCCCAGUGGUCUCCAGACUCCAGGAGUCUCCAAGUCCACAUCUAGGGGAAUGGGCUGCACCCCAGAACCACAAACAAUGCCUGUUAUUCUCUUCCAUUUUUGUACAUAAUAUAUUUUUGAUACCUCGAAGCAUGA